AUGAGUGGACGGCUUCUCGCCGCCGGGGUCUUACCCCUAACGCGUCGCGCCGCUGUCCAAGCUGUCCGACGCUACCACCGACUGCCUACCGGAGGGCUUCAAAGCGGCGAUGCCACCAUUCAAGGCGCUCGCCGCCGCAUGUGGUCCCCCGGCAACGCCUUUCAUAAUGCCGUUAUAGUGCGGAACGUGUCGUUCGCGAGGUUCCUGCCGAAGCUCGUUGUCAAGUUUGCUCGCAUUCCCGCUAUGUUCGGGGGGCUUAUGAUCGGCGGAGUCGCGUGGAUUCAAUACCAGGCGAUUCAGGUGAGCAAUUCGGCCUACGAUAUGUACAAGAACACAAAGGAGACCGUCUCCGAUGCCGCCGUCAGUAUCUGGGGCGGAGCCAGGGACAUUGCCAGCCAGACCAGGCAAGGAUGGGAAAAUACGAAGGAGCAGGUGGAGUUGCCUGAAUGGCUGCAAAAGGUUCUCCGGAUACACGAGGACAUAGGGACCGGCGGGGGAGGCUCCGGCGGCCCAGGAGGCGAGGAGCCGCGACAGAGCCGGAUGGGCGCAGCCGCCGCCGGUGCCGCAACCGCCGCCGCAUAUGGCUACGAACAGUCGCCAGAGGAAGACGAGAGAACGCCCGAGGAGGUUGCUAGGGACGACCAGAUGAUGAUCCUCACAAAGAAGAUGAUUGAGAUCAGGAACAUCCUCUCCAAGGUUGGGCAGUCCAGCACCCUGACACUCCCGUCGAUCGUCGUCAUCGGGUCGCAGUCUUCCGGCAAGAGUUCGGUCUUGGAGGCGAUUGUCGGACACGAAUUCCUACCAAAGGGCUCCAACAUGGUCACCAGGAGACCAAUCGAGCUGACCCUCGUCAACACCCCCGAGUCCAAGGCCGAAUACGGCGAGUUUCCCGAUCUUGGGCUGCGCAAGAUUACCGACUUCACUUCGAUCCAGCGGACUUUGACCGAGCUCAACAUGGCCGUUCCCGACACCGAAUGUGUCUCCGAUGACCCGAUUCACCUCACCAUUUACUCGCCUCAUGUGCCUGAUCUCUCCCUUAUCGACUUGCCUGGUUAUAUCCAAGUUGUCGGCCAAAACCAGCCGCUUGAGCUCAAGCAGAAGAUCACGGAGCUCUGCGACAAAUAUAUCCAACCGCCAAAUGUGAUUCUUGCCAUAUCAGCGGCCGAUGUGGACCUGGCAAAUUCCACGGCUCUCCGCGCCAGCAGGAGGGUAGAUCCCAGAGGAGAGCGCACCAUUGGCGUCGUCACAAAGAUGGAUCUUGUCGACGCGCCCAGGGGCGCUGCCAUUCUCAACGAUAAGCAAUACCCACUGCGGCUAGGAUACGUCGGUGUGGUGUCAAAAGCGCCGACUACAUCAAGCCUGUUCAAGAAGGACACGGGCAACCUUAUGGCUGCCAUCAGUAAGAAUGAAAACGCCUUCUUUUCAUCACAUCCUGUGGAGUUCGGCACCGAUGCGGGGGUCGCAGUCGGUACCACCACCUUGAGGAAGAAGUUGAUGCACGUCUUGGAGCAGACCAUGUCUGCCAGUCUGCAGUCCACCAGCGACGCCAUACAGCAGGAGCUGGAGGAGGCGACUUAUGAGUUCAAGGUCCAGUACAACGACCGUCCCUUGUCGGCAGAGUCGUAUCUGGCCGAGAGUCUCGACGCUUUCAAGCACUCGUUUAAGCAGUUCGCAGAGGAGUUCGGACGGCCCCAGAUGCUCCAGCUGCUUAAGAACGAGCUGGAUCAGCGAGUCCUCGACCUGCUCGCACAGAGAUAUUGGAACAAGCCUAUCAAUGAUCUCUCCCCUGCAACCCCGGAGCCGGAUAGUCUGGCGGAUCUGCCAAAGGCAGACCCUGAAUCUUUGUAUUGGCACCGCCAGCUCGAUGCGUCAACUUCGCAGCUUACCAAGCUCGGAGUCGGCCGUCUCGCCACCACCGUCGUUGCAAACACCAUCCAAUCGCAUAUCGAUCGACUGAUCGCACAAUCUACUUUUGCGAGCCAUCCAUUUGCCCGCCAGGCCAUCACCGAGGCGGCCUCGAGUAUCCUGAACGACAGGUAUUACAGCACGAGCGACCAGGUGGAGAAUUGCAUCAAGCCAUUCAAGUUUGAUAUUGACCUGGAAGAGCGUGAAUGGAACGCAGGCAGGGAGAAUGUCGCCAACGUCUUGAAGAAUGAGCUAGCUGCUUGCCAAAACGCCACCAAGCACCUGGAAGAUGCUGUAGGGGGCAAGCGUAAGCUCAAGGAAGUCGUUACCUUCAUCGACCGAGUGAGGAAGGGUGACACCGUCAUUGAGGGCGAAGGCCGGAGCGGUGCGGGGGGCUUCAGUGCCGCAUUGUUGCAAAAAGGUCGCGAAGCCGUUUUCCUCCGCGAUCGGGCCGACAUCAUCAACAUGCGCCUGCUGGCCGUCAGGUCCAGGCAGUGCAAGUCCAUGACGAACAAGUACUACUGCCCCGAGGUCUUCCUGGACGCCGUCGCCUCCAAGCUGGCGGCCACCUCUGUGCUCUUCCUCAACGUCGAGCUGCUGUCGGAGUUCGUCUACAACUUCCCGCGCGAGCUCGACCAGCGGCUGGGCCGCCACCUCUCGGACGAGCAGAUGGAGCGCUUCGCCAAGGAGGACCCCAAGAUCAGGAAGCAUCUCGAGGUCAUCCGCCGCAAGGAGCUACUGGAGCUCGUGCUGGACAAGAUGCAGAGCCUCAGGCAACUCGAGGGCCGCGAAAAAGCGUCCCAGAGGGGCGCCGCGAGGCAGAAGGGCGCCGAGAAGCAGAGGGGAUGGGGGAUUUUCUGA